UUCUAGAGCAUCCAUACAUAUCACUGUUUCUAAAGGAGCCUCUAAAAAAAUUGGACAGGUAGUUUUAAGAUAUUGAUAGCAAGUUGACUUGCAUGUUUAAAAAAGAGUAAAAGACACGGCUAUUCCAAAGAAAACCAUAUGAAUUAUGGAAUGACAGAAGUUGUAGGGAGCAUGACAACAGCCACCAUGGAGUGGAAUUUUAGAGUGGUUGUUGCUAUGGCAGCUUGUGCAAUGGUUGUUGCAGAGAUUGUGAGAAUCAUAAGACUUAUGUGGUGGAGACCUAGAAAAAUACAGAUGCAUCUUCAGUCUCAGGGAAUCAGAGGCCCUCCAUACAAGCUCUUCCUUGGAAAUGCAAAAGAGAUGAUGAGGAUGAUGCAGCAGGCCAGUUCUAAUCCUAUGGGAUACUUUUCUCAUGAUAUUCUGCCCAGAGUUCUAUCAUUCUAUCAUCAGUGGACCAAAAUCUAUGGGAGCACAUUCCUGCUUUGGUUUGGACCUGUUGGAAGAAUAAACAUUGCAGACCCCCAGCUGGUGCAAGAGAUAUUCUCUGUGAGGUCUGAUGAUUAUGAGAAAAUUGAGGCCAAUACUGCCUUGAAGAAAUUGGAAGGUGAAGGGUUACUGAACUUGAAAGGCCAGAAAUGGGCUCAGCACAGAAGAAUCAUCAAUCCUGCUUUUCACAUGGAAAAUAUCAAAGAUCUGACAAUUCCUGCGAUUGCUACGAGUGCAACAAUCAUGUUAGACAAAUGGAAGAAUUGGACUGAAUCGGGUAGAAAUGAGAUAGAAGUUUCUGAGGAAUUUCAGACCCUUAGUGCAGAUAUAAUUGCAAGGGCAGCUUUUGGCUGUAGCUAUGAGGAAGGAAAACGUAUAUUCACCAUGCAGGCUGAACAAAUGCUCUUUGCUGGGGAAGCUUUUAGAAAAGUUAUCCUACCAGGUUCCAGGUUUUUGCCAACUAAAAGGAAUCUAUAUCAAUGGAGACUAGACAAGGAAAUCAAGAAGUCCUUGACUGAGCUCAUCGAAAGGCGUGAGCAAGAUUCAAAAGUUGGUGGUGGUUCUGAUCUUCUAGGACUUCUGAUCCAUGCAAAGGCUACAAGUUUUGAAAAGAGCAAGAAGAAGGAGAACAGAUAUUCUCCUGUAAAAGUAGAGGAUAUAAUGGAGGAAUGCAAGACCUUCUUCUUUGCUGGCAGACAAACCACAUCUAAUAUGCUCACUUGGACCAUAGUUCUUCUGGCUAUCCAUAAAGAAUGGCAACAAAUGGCUAGAAAACAAGUCUUGGAGGUUUGUGGAGAAAAUGUACCAGAUAAAAAUUCUGUCAACCAGCUGAGAAUUGUGGACAUGAUUGUGAAUGAAUCCAUGAGGCUCUACCCACCAGUAGUAGCCAUGAUGAGAAGAAUCAAGAAGGAAGUGAAGCUAGGAAGCCUAAGGCUUCCACCAGGACUAGAACUAAUGAUACCAAUAUUGGCCAUCCACCAUGACCCAAUUCUCUGGGGAGAAGAUGCCAAUGAGUUCAACCCUGCAAGGUUCAGCAAUGGAGUUUCAAAAGCUGCAAAACAUCCCAUGGCAUUCAUUCCAUUUGGCCUAGGGCCAAGGACAUGCAUAGGCAAGAAUUUCACCCUAAUGGAAGCCAAGGUCGUACUAGCCAUGAUUCUACAACAUUUCACCUUUGAGAUUUCUCCAUCCUACGUGCAUGCACCAACAGUGCUAUUGAUGCUACACCCUCAACAUGGAGCCCAAGUCAUAUUUCAUCUAUUAAAUCAGUCAUGAUCACCUGCACAUUUUUCACCAAGCCAACUUAUCAUAUCUAAUGUAUAAAAAAUAAAGACUGCUGCAGUUUUCCAUCACAUAAAAGGCUCCUUAAAAGGAGACAUUUUGUCCUCAAUGUUGUCUUGAAAAGUGGUGACACACGAUGCAACUGGCACCAUGAAACUUCGAUGGUUUCCUUGCCAUUAUUUGCUUAGUUGGCUACUGGUUUUUUAAUCCUAUAUUGAAAGCAAACUUAUCUUUUGUCUACAUAGCAUGUUUGUUUGUGUCCUAUUGCAUGUGUACUUGCGUGUGACUGUGGGCACACAUGUUCAUGUCUCCGUUUUGGAGCCUGUGUAAGCACAUUGUCUCGCCUACUAUAUUGGAACUUUUUGCAAAAGA